AUGGAAUUGCCAAACUUGGGUCAGAACUGCAGCAAAGAGACGUGCAAACGUUUAGAUUUCCUGCCAGUUAAAUGCGAUGCCUGUUCAGGUAUAUUUUGUUCUGAUCACAUGAGCUACAGCAGUCAUCAAUGUCAAUCUGCAUACAAGAAAAAUGUACAAGUUCCUAUGUGUCCUUUGUGCAACAAACCAGUACCAGUACCACGGGGUCAAGAACCAGAUUUUACUGUUGGGCAACACAUUGACAAUGACUGUCGGUUUACUGAGGGUAGAAAGGUGUUCACAAAUAGAUGCACUGUAGCAAAAUGUCGAGGCAAGGAAGCUGUACCUUUGGUAUGUAGCGAGUGUCGUCAAAACCAUUGUUUUAAACAUCGUCAUCCUUUGGAUCAUAGUUGCACAGGUAGUGCUAAAUCUGUUCAAAGAAAAGUGACGGAUGUUAAAAGUAUAUUUGGAACCAAUGGAAUUAUAAAAAAAGCUUUUACUGCAACUGCAAUACAGGGAAAUAUGAGUGAAGAUGAAGCAUUAGCUAGAGCAUUAGCUGAGUCUGAACGUUUGACUAACGAAAAUACUACUAAUUCUCAACCAAGAUGUUCUGUUGCAUAA